AUGACUACGGAAGAGGUCCAUCAGUCCGCCAGCUCAGAGAGAGAUAACUCACGUGAUAUGGUUGCAGCCCUCGCUGCGCGUCAUGAGCCUCUUGCACCGCGGACAAAACUGGUAUAUCCUCUCCUUAUUCUUACUCCGCUGCGCGGUCCUCACAAGAUCCAAAUCUGGCAAGAUGUCCUCGAGCCGAGGGGCCACGAUUUCGCGGCGACGUUGGACGGCCUCUUCCUAAGCGGCGCGUCCCUCUGCGUCGAGCUUCUCCAGCACGCGCCUCUCUGCCUCGACGGCCACAGGGUCCAGCUGAGGAUCGACGUCGCCGCCAUUCCGGAAAUGGAGCACGGGCUCCCCGCAACACCUGGGUGGGAAGACCGCUCCGUCCGUCACGUUGUGGCACGCGACAUAUACAACGAUCUUGAGGCAGCCCCGGCACCAGUGAUGGUUCUUGGGGCAGACGUUGAGGGCGAGGUCGGAGGGGUCGUAGCCCUCGUGGCAGAUGACGCACUAAGGGUUUUGGGUCAGCUAGCUGCCUUUGUGGUCGACUUUUCAUCCAUCAUCCAUCAACUGGCAGAGAGGGGUCAAGUUUGA